AUGAACAACGGCAGUAGUGCGCCUGAGAAUAUUAAUGGACCAAAACCGUUGGAAUUAACUGAAUAUGAUAUGCAACGUCGACCACAUAAGGCUAUUACCGAUUCUACUGAAAUACGUAUAUUUCCACGUAUGCUCGCUGCUGAACUGUGUUGCCCCAUAUGCCUGGAUCUUCUAACGAAUACUAUGACCUCAAAAGAAUGUUUGCACCGUUUUUGCUGUGAAUGUAUUACCACUGCGUUAAUGCGAGGAAAUAAAGAAUGUCCGACAUGUAGGAAAAAGUUGGUUUCGAAACGGUCUCUUCGACCUGAUCCUAACUUUGAUGCUCUUAUAAAUAAGAUUUGGCCUGACCGACAAGUGUACGAAAAGCUGCAAGAAAAAGCUUUAGAAAUAUUUCAACAGAAAAGUAACAUUAAGGCGCUUCAAAAGAGUAUUGAGGCAGGCAUGAAAGAACAAGCUCGGAAUAGAAGGCAAAGGGUCCAGGGUUCCUAUGACUAUGAAAGAAGAAAAAAGCGAGGACGUCCACCAGAACAUCCUGACCGUUCUGAAAAUAAUUCUCCGGUCAGCAAUUCUCCAGAACUCAGUGGUGAAGGAGACAUGGAGGUUGAUCAACUUCACGAAAGGAACGAAGAUGGGACUUUUGCACCUGGAACUUCUGGAACAGAAACAGUCGCAAAUGGUGUAGCGCAUUCGACAACUAAUUCGUUUUCUGAUUCAGACGGUAGCCUUGAUUCAUCAGCCGAUUCUUCUUUGACAGAUUCUUCUGAUGAUUCCUCGGAUACGACAAGCACUAGCAGCUCGGAGUCUGCAGUGCAGGCUAGUUCAUCGAAAACUCAACCGCAACUUCUACAAGGAACAGAAGCUGAUGGCGCACAACUGCCAGCCGCAUCUUUAUCUGAUGCUAAUCAUAAUGUUGAGCCUCCAUCCACGACAUGCUUUUUGAAGGACCGUAUCAACAAAUGGGUAGAAAAGAGUCUUUCAGAGUCAGUUGCACCGGUAGAGAACAUGGAGCAGCUUGAAAGAAGGGUUGAUGAAGAGUUGGAUAUUGUGGAUAUUAGAACCGGGGGUGGAUUUCUUGAUAUUGAGGCUGAAUUGCUGCCAGCAAAAUCGUUACUUAAAAGAAAUGACGUACCAGCUCCGCUGCUUCGUCGUCGGUAUAUUAGGACUAAAGGCGAUACAACAAUGGAACAUUUGGGCGAGUUCUUGUAUCAAGUUUGUUGCGAAGAGUUGUCAGCAGAAGCAUCAAACGGAUCGGAGGCGAUGACGAGUGCAGAUUCCUCUGCAGGCUCAAAAGCUACUCAGAAUGUUCCCCGUCCAGAACACUUUUAUGUUUAUAGUAGGUUUGGCGGUCACAGUGUAAAUAAAAUUUUCGGAAACGAGAACGUUCUGUCUGCUUUGCAUACCCAGAAACGCGGUGAUCACUUGAUGAUAUUUUUUGAUACGGCAUCUCUGGAUAUACACAGCAAAUCUGUCCUUGACGAGAUUGUUUACGGAGACUUUCUGAAAUAA